GGUCGACUCGAAGCAACUGCAAAAUCCUUCGCCAUUUUCAAUUGAAUGGGCUAAAAGGUGUAGUAAGUUCCCAUGGAUCGUUGGACAGGAAUCUUGAAGGUGCCAUUGUACAACACAUAUUAUCGAGUUGCUGCUUCACUUUGCCUUUCUCCUUCUUCCAAAUCUCUCUCUGUGCCUGUUGCAAAUGCUAUUUUUUUCAAUGGAGAUAAGAUUGAAGGGACGGGAAAUCCAGUGAUUGAGAGGCUAUCUGACCUGCAGCAAAUUGCUGAAAUCUUGGUUUCGAAAUUUGGGAAUUCUAUCAAUGCUUGGGUUAUUGAGGCACCUGUCUUCAAUGGACCUUUUGCGGUUUAUAAGGACUUUAUACCUUCUGUCAAUGAAUAUGGAGAGCCUAAAUCUUAUGAUGCAGAUGGUUUCCCUGCUUCUUCCUCCAUUGUCUUGCUUUUGUGGAAUUGCUUAAAAGAGGCAAAAAGAGUCAUUUCAGGGAAACAAAAAGAGCCCUAUCAAGCUGAAGUUUCUACGUCAUCUUCAAGUACACCAAGAACUUUGCUACUUGGAUUUAGUAAGGGUGGUACUGUACUCAACCAGCUUGUUACUGAGCUUGGUUUUGCACCAGUCCAGCUCACUGAAGACGUGCCGCUAGCAAACAAGAAUGUCACAAACGGAGGAUUUUCCUCCCAGCCACAAGAUCAGAUUAUUCCAAAUUCUAAAGAUGUUUUCUUAAAUAGCCUAGCUGAGUUCCAUUACGUAGAUGUUGGUCUAAACACAGAGGGAGCAUAUGUAACCAACCAAGAUGUCAUUCAUAAAAUUUCUGAUCACCUCGUCCAAGGAGCCCCUGGAAUUCGGUUUUUCCUUCAUGGAACUCCUAGACAAUGGUGUGAUCGUGACAGGAUUUGGAUCCGGAAGGAGAAAGAUGAGUUUCUUCGGCUUCUCAAAGAAGCAACUCGGAAGAAUAUGGGGAAAUUGUAUAUACGUGAAAGAUUGUAUUUUGGUAAUAAGCUCCCUGAUCUCCAGAUACACUUUGAAAUCAUCGAGCAUUUGGAUGUGAGUUGAGUGUUUCUUCUUGAUAAUGAAAUGCAUGAAUU